AUGGCUAACGUUAAAGCACAUAAGAACGCACUAAACUUCGAGCCAAGUGGAGGCGAAACCUUUAGAUACCAGGAACAGCUCCCCAAGUUACCAAUUCCUGAGCUCAAAGAUACAUUGGCCCGUUAUUUGACUAGUAUCCAACCUCUACAGUCUGUUGAAGAGCAUGAAAGAAGCAAGGUUGCCGUCAAGGACUUUCUCGAAAACGAUGGCCCAAAGUUGCAAAGCAAGCUAUUAACAUAUGCGACCGAUAAAUCAUCUUACAUUGAAGAGUUUUGGUAUGACUCUUACCUCCAACAUUCUGACCCAGUGGUCUUGAACCUAAACCCAUUCUUUGUACUGGAAGAUGACCCUACCCCUUUGAGAAACGACCAGGUCAUUCGUGCGUCCUCGCUCAUCUAUUCUACUCUCAAAUUCAUUGAUGCUCUUCACGAUAAGACUCUUGAGCCAGAUGUCUUCCGUGGUACACCUCUAUGCAUGUCCCAGUUCAGUCGCCUGUUCGGAACUGCUCGAGUACCGACCGACAAUGGCUGCUAUAUGGCACCGGGAAACGAGUCCAGACACAUUGUUGUCAUGGCUCACUCCCAGUCCUACCACUUUGAGGUCUUUGAUGAGUUUGGCGAGACUGCAUUGACCGAAAAGGAGAUUGCGGCCAACCUCAGGGCCAUCCUUCGAGACGCAGCUCGUAUUCCAGUGAGCGAUAUUGCUAAGACUGCCAUUGGUGUACUGACGACCGAGAAGCGUCGUAACUGGGCCCGCCUCAGAGCCGAACUAAAGUCAGACCCAACCAAUCGCCAGUCUCUCAAAGUAAUCGAUUCUGCACUUUUUAUUGUGUGCUUGGAUCAUGUUGAGCCUACAACUAUCGAGGAUUUAAGUUCAAACAUGCUGUGUGGCACAUAUCGCCUAGAUCAAGGGUUACAAGUUGGCACAUGCACCAACCGUUGGUACGACAAGCUUCAGAUCAUUGUCUGUAAGAACGGUAGUGCGGGUAUUAAUUUUGAACACACUGGUGUCGAUGGUCACACUGUUCUGCGCUACGUCUCCGAUAUUUACACGGACACAAUUCUUCGAUUCGCAAAGACAAUCAACAGCCAGACAAAGUCUAUAUUCCAUUCUCACAAGCAAAAGGAUAGUGCUGCUAACCGUGCCAGACGAGAUAGUUUCGGUACUGGUCUUUCAUUCGACAUCAACCCUCGCAGAAUCGAGUGGAACAUGACUGAGCCAAUCACACUUGGCGUUAGAUACGCCGAGACCAGACUGAGUGACCUUAUCUUGCAAAACGAGGUUCGUGUCCUCGAAUUUAACAACUAUGGAAAGUACUUUAUUACCGACAUGAAGAUGAGUCCGGAUGCUUUUGUCCAGAUGGCGUUCCAAGCUGCCUAUUAUGGUCUCUACGGAAAGUCAGAAUGCACCUAUGAACCAGCUAUGACAAAGACUUUCUUACACGGAAGAACUGAGGCUAUCCGCAGUGUUACCAAUGCCUCGGUCAACUUUGUCGAAACUUAUUACUCAAAGGCAGCUGAUCAUGACAAGCUCGAGAGUCUGCGCAAAGCACUCAAGAGUCACACCAAUCUCACUCGCCAGUGCGCCCAAGGUUUAGGACAAGACCGCCACUUGUUUGCUCUUGAAUGCCUCUGGAACCGUAUGAACAAAGACACCAAAAAGCCUUUGAUCUUUACUGACAGUGGGUGGAAGGUUCUCGGUCACACAAUGAUCAGUACUUCCAACUGUGGAAAUCCAGCACUGCGUCUCUUUGGUUUUGGUCCCACAGUAUCGGAUGGCUUUGGCAUUGGUUAUAUCAUCAAAGAGGAUGGUAUCUCCUUUGCUGCGUCGUCUAAACAUCGUCAAACCGAGCGUCUCUUAAAGACACUUGAGAAAUAUCUGUUGGAUAUACAGAUUAUGUUACAAAAGGAGAAAUACCCAGGAGGAAUUUCCCAGAGACAACGAAUUCUUGCUAUGGAAAAUGCGGACGAACUUAACAAUGGUUACAGCUACUUUGAUAACGGAGAAAACUUUGGAUCGGACAAAGAGUCUUCAUCUGGUUCUAUCGACGGUUACCUUUCCCGUUCCCCUACUCGCAAGGUUGGAAAGCGUCUUAUGUUGCGCGAGACCGACUAA